UAAGCUCAAACGUCAAACCUUGUGACUCAUUUGUCUAUACCCCUUAACUACAAUUUCCCACUUCUCCAUAAUUUCUUGAGUCCAACCGAUGGCAUUACCCGAAACUCAAGCAGACAAAACUCUCCAAGAUGCGUGGGACUACAAAGGCCGUCCCGCCGUCCGGUCCACCACCGGUGGCUGGACCGCAGCUGCUAUGAUCCUAGGAGUGGAAGCAUGCGAAAGGCUGACGACGCUAGGCAUUGCGGUGAACUUGGUGACAUACUUAACAAGUACGAUGCAUUUAGGCAGCGCUAGCUCCGCCAACACCGUCACGAAUUUCCUCGGGACUUCCUUUAUGCUUUGUUUGCUUGGCGGCUUCGUUGCUGACACUUACCUCGGAAGGUACCUCACCGUUGCCAUAUUUGCCACAGUUCAAGGAAUUGGUGUGACAGUUCUGACGAUCUCAACCACAAUCCCGAGUCUCCGUCCUCCUAAAUGUAUACCGGGUUCACCAUCAUGUGAAUCUGCACACGGCAUGCAACUAGUUGUUCUCUUCACGGCCUUGUAUCUCACUGCACUCGGAACCGGUGGAUUAAAAUCUAGCGUUUCGGGGUUCGGUUCGGACCAGUUCGACGAAACAAACAAAGAUGAGCAGAAAAUAAUGACAAGUUUUUUCAGCUGGUUCUUUUUCUUCAUAAGUAUUGGCUCGCUAGCCGCUGUGUCAGUGUUUGUUUACAUCCAAGAUAAUCUCGGGAGGCGCUGGGGUUACGGUAUUUGCGCUUGCGCAAUUGUUUUGGGGAUUUCGGUGUUUUUAUCAGGUACGAAAAGAUACAGGUUCAAGAAACUCGUUGGCAGCCCGUUAACUCAGAUUGCAACCGUCUUUGUCGCUGCCUGGAGGAAGAAAAAUAUGGAAGUGCCUUCCGAUUUAUCACUUUUGUUCGAUAUUGAUGACAUCGAAAAUGAAGGAUCCAAGAAGAAGCAGAGGCUCCCGCAUAGUAAGCAGUUUCGCUUCUUGGAUAAGGCUGCCAUCAUAGACACCAACAACAAAACGAAUGCAAACACGUCUAAUGCGGAAGAUAAAUGGUCUCUUUCGACUUUAACAGACGUCGAAGAAGUAAAAAUGGUGAUUCGAAUGUUACCAAUUUGGGCUACCACAAUAAUGUUUUGGACAGUUCAUGCCCAAAUGACCACAUUUUCAGUGUCACAGGCCACAACUCUAAACCGUCACAUUGGGAAAUCUUUCCAGAUUCCCCCGGCAGCCAUGACUUCUUUCUUCGUCGGUAGCACCCUCUUGACUGUCCCUAUUUACGACCGCCUCAUCGCUCCUUACGCCAAAAAAAUGCUUAAAAAUCCCCAAGGCUUAAGCCCGUUACAGAGAAUCGGGGUCGGCCUCACCCUCUCAGUCCUCGGCAUGGUUGCUGCAGCAUUGACCGAAAUAAACCGAUUAAACAUCGCACGAGAACAUAACCUGGUUCAUACUCAUAACGCCGUGUUGCCCGCAACUGUUUUCUGGCUAAUCCCGCAGUUCAUCUUGGUGGGUGCUGGAGAGGCGUUUACGUAUAUCGGGCAGCUAGCUUUCUUUCUCAAGGAGUGUCCUAAAGGGAUGAAGACAAUGAGCACGGGUCUAUUUUUGAGCACACUUUCACUAGGGUUUUUCUUCAGCUCCGUAUUGGUUACGAUCGUUCACAAGAUUACAGGGAAAAACAAGCCGUGGCUAGCUGAUAAUCUGAACGAAGGAAAGCUCUAUAACUUCUACUGGCUGCUGGCGGUUUUGAGUGCUUUGAACAUGGUGCUAUUUUUGUUUGCGGCAAAUUGGUAUGUGUACAAAGACAAGAGACUUGCUGAAGUGGGAAUCGAACUGGAAGAGGAAGAAGCUAUUGUUCACCACUAAAAAUAAGUUUUAAGUUUUAUUUUUGUAUUCGUCAUAAAAAAAGUUUUAUUUUUGUAUAAACUUAAAGAAUUUACUGUUUGUAAGAUUGUUUAGCAAUAUUGUACAAAUAAUAAGGGAGUGUAGUUGAUCUCAUCCACCAAUGGAAUGGGAAGGUGAGAGAUGGAAUUAUGCAGGGAUAUACACGUACGUAUCCUUGAUGUAAAACUUUUGUGCCGAAUAAUUAGUUGGGCUUCAGGUCCAGGAUUAGAGCGUGUUUCAGGAA